GUAGGGCGUUUCACUCGUGGGACAGGCAGCCUGUACGGCAAAAGGACGGCUGCCAACUAACUUGCCUGUGGGUCUCCCGAUGGCUGCACUGUCCCCCCAAGGGGGUCUCGGCAUCCUGCAGCGGGCGAGCCGAGGGGCAGGACGGGCACGGAGCGGCGACGCUGGGAGCUCAGCCUCAGCCCGUGCAUCAGGGCACCACAGCUCUGCAGACCUCGUGCCACCGCACGUGCACUGAAAUAACACCUGGGAGCUGAGCGUUGCCCCGCUUUUACGCUGCCGCUUUGUUCGGCAGCUGGGAUUUUCUGCGAAAACAGAUAGAAAGUAAAAGUGUUCCUGCUUCACAACAGCUGAUGUGGUGACGAGAUUACAUUCCCGCGGGGAGGAGUUUUCGGGGAGGAGGGCUCUGUGCUGCUCAUAAAUCUCUCGCCCCGAGAUUGCUGCUGUCCCGUCUGCCUGCGAACUCGCUGGUGAAGGGCAUCUCUCCUGGUCCUCUCGAGAAAGCAGCAUGGCUGACACGUUCAUCAGGAACUGUAUCAGGGAUGACAAAGUAACCCUGUUCAUAAAGUCAGGCUGCUCUUACAGCAGGAAUGCCCUGGACCUGCUCAAGAGUUUUACCUUCGUACCCGGAGGCCUGCAAGUUGUGGACAUUACUGCGAGGGAGGACGUCCAGAACUACUUCAAGCAAAGAAUGGGGCAAACAAGCACCCCGCACGUGUUCAUUGGGAAACACUGCGUCGGAGGAUUUUCCGACCUGCAGAGCGUGUGCUGUGACCUCCCCAGAAUGCUGCGGCAGAUCGGCGCCCUGCGCUAGAUGAAGGGAGAAGGAUGACCGUGAGCUGCGGCCUCCCCACUGUGAAACGCGCGCUUCUCGGAGCAAAUUCCUUGCUACUGCCUCUCGCGAGAUGAAAUGCAGCUCUUUGGCCAAUGCAGCUUCUUUUCCUCUCCUUGGUCAAUGCUCCGACACGUUAACAGCUCCGCACCUUUUCUGCAGCUCUGGGAAGAC